GAGGCGCUAGGUGCCUUGGUCUUGAAGCCAUCUUAAAGGUAUCUACAAGGAUAGAGGCAGACUGAGAGUCUAUAAGAGAGAGAGAAUAAGUGAGAAAGAGCAUUGACUCAGACUAACUAAAUGGAGAAAGCAGACGACGCUAUGCAACCAUCUUCCAACGCAGGUAGAUUCAAUAUCUUCAGUAGUUCUUCCAAUACGCGGCCUAGUCCAGGAGGAGUAGCUAGUAGUACACCUAGUAGUGUGAGCAGCAACUCUGAGAAGCAAUCCGUCCAGCUACCCACCAUAUGCUACCCAUCACAACUCCCUCCCGGCCCUCCUACCCAUCAUCAGAUGGGAAACUUCAUCGAGGCAACUAGUGCAGUAGCUGGGCCACAGUUUCGUUCAAGAUCACAGUUCCCUGGGCAGCUACAGUACUGCAGGACAGCUACAUUCACUCAGCUACAGGUAGCGCAGGCAACCUUUCGCUAUCCUCCUACUCCACCAGUGGAUCUGGCCGAGAGCAUCCAACAGCAAGCUCAGUGCGAGCAGGCACCAACUCUCAGCCAUAUCGGCUACCCUCCUCUCCCACUACCGUCUAAUGCUGAGGUACUCCCGCCCGUCUCCACCUGCAGCACGGAGAAGAGCAGCUUUUCUCUUCCCACACCACCAGACCUGAUCCCAAUAUCAAGCUCUGACAUGGACUCGAGCUCCAUUGCCGUUUCUCCUUCCACAGGUCCUCCUGGAGGUCUCAAACCUUCCCCCUCCUCCUCCUCCUCCUAUUAUUACCAGCUACCAUGGCAGCAGAGCAUAACGACCACACCACAGGAUCUUCCUUCAGUAGGAGAUGCUAAUCAUCAUUGCCUUGCAACUCACUCUCACGUGCAGGCCUGGUCCGGCUCAGAGUCUGCUAGUCCCUCUCCUCUGUCUUUGCAGCAGCGAUUCUUUUUCCAACUCCCUCAGUCUGCUACUGCCAAUGGACAAUAUGGAGAUAUGUAUGCUUAUAAUGCUGGCAUAGCUCGCCAAUGCAAUAACUGUGGCUCCAGCAACACUCCUCUCUGGAGGAGAAACUCCGAAGGUCACUACCUUUGUAACGCCUGUGGACUUUAUUACAGGGUCAACGGUACCAACAGACAAGGACACCAAAAGAAAAAAGCUACACUCAAGUCUAUGAACAAUAAGUGCUCAAAUUGUGGAACUACCAAGACAGUUUUGUGGAGAAGACUCGAGAAUGGAGACCCAGUCUGCAAUCCUUGUGGCCUUUAUUACAAGCUCAACGGGGUAGCAAGGCCCAAGUCUCUUUGCAAGGAUACCAUUCAGACUCGGAACAGAAAAUCCAAAAACGAGUCAAAGAAGUCAAAGUCCGGUAGUACAAGUGGAGCCAGCAGCAGUGGGAGCUCUAGCAAGAAAUCAAGCGAGUCCUCCAGCCCGACUCUACUAGGAGGUGCUGGUAUGCAGUGUCUUCCUGGCUCCCUCAUAAUGCACAGUGAUAAGCUACACGAUGCCUCAGGUAUGAUGGCCUACCAUCACGACCCAAACUCUUCCUCCGCCCCCUCAUCGACCAUAUGCACGACGUCUUCGUACCAGGCCCAGCCCAUGAACCCGUAUAAUUCCUCCCCAACGCAGCACGCUGCCUACGCUUACAACAACAUACCUCCAUCAACGACCGCUUCGUAUGAGUACAUGCAGGCCCAGACUCAAGAACCGAAAAUGACAGAGUUGGGUAUGAUCCCACACUCGUCCCCCUCUCCUUAUUACUCUCCUCCCACUACAGUACAGGUCCCUAUCGAGGGCACUAUCAGUGCAGCUGCUGACUGUUAUAGUUAUUAUGGAUACGGUGUGACUCCUUCUCCUUCCUCUCAUCCUCAUGCCUCCCCCCUCUCUUCUCACCACUCCUCCUCUCCUAUAAUGAAUCCCUCUCCUCACCAGAUACCUAAUGCUGCUCCUGCCAUGCAACCACAGCAAUUGAUGUAGCUCCUUUACUCCAGCACACUAGGGCUGCUCUUUGAAAAGUGAUGGAUGGACAGUCAUUUUCAUUCUCACUGGUGCAGCUAUAUGGCUUUUUAUGCAUAACUGGUAAAAACACACUGAUACUACCCUAUCACAAUCCAAGACAAAUUCCCUUUCUCUUUAUUCUCUCCCCCCUCUUUCUCUACAAUUUGUAUUCCUUAUAUACAUUAAUCCACCAUUCCUAAAACUUGUUAUUUUUGUAAACACCAUAGCUCCUGUUCUUAUACUUUUGUAUCUCAUACCACUAGCUAUGUGAAGCUAGUAUACACUUUAUAUUAUUAUUAUUUGCAUAUCUCUCUGUCAGUGGAGCUUGAGUGAUCUCAGUUUUAUUGAGGCCUCUCUCUCACUAGUAAAUAUUACUACUGCUGUCUGUGUGAACUUUACACCUUUGAAACUAUUUCUCUUUUCACAAUCAAUGAUUCAGGUCAAUAUUUUUUUGUAA